AUGCACGGCGGAAUCUACUCGGUUUAUUCAGGUCGAAUGCUUAGCGGCGAGUAUUGGGCUAGGAGUGAGCCCUACGCCUUAGCCGACAUGGUGUUGAAGGAUAUCAAGCACCUGUUGGGACUGGGCCAGGAAGCAAACAUGGAGCUGAAGAAUGCUCCGAUUGGGCUCGCGUAUCUCCAAAAAGCCAUGAAAAGGUCACUUGAAGACCAGGUUGAUGUCAGAGCAAUCUACGGUGCCGUUCGUGAGGCGAAUGGGCUUGAAUUUGAGAAUUAG